AGACGCGCUGCGCUCACACAGCUCCUCCGCACGCGAACCAGAACCAGCGCGACCCGACAGGAGCCCGUCCCUGUUGGACAUGACACCGGGACACGACGUGGUCCGCUUCAACUCCGAUUAGUAGAGAAGAAACAAAACCAAAACCUCCAGGGUCCUCGACUUCUGUCUUUUUUUUAAAAAGUUUUGGUUUUGUUUUGUUUUGUUAAUUAAAUUUCCACGGGGGACUGUUUGAAUUGAACAGUUGAAGGUUUCCCAACUCUGGUCUCAGCCGCGGGAUCAACUCGACCGACUCCGGGCCGACCGGCCCCUUGAAGGCGAGCGCGGCCACCAUGGGUUCCGAAAAGAAAGUGGAGGACGAGGCCGUCCUGGACCGAGGGGCUUCCUUCGUCAAACACGUCUGCGACGAGGAGGAGGUGGAAGGUCACCACACCGUGUACAUUGGCGUGCACGUGCCCAAGAGCUACCACCGCAGGAGGCGCCACAGACGCAAGUCCAGCCACAAGGAGAGGCGGGAGCGGGCCGCCCGCGGCGGCGCGGCGGAGGGGUACAAGUCGGACGGUGACUACCCGGACGGGGACUACCCGGACGAGUCCGCCGCCAACGUCCUCAAACCCCUCAUUUCUCCAGCGGAAAGGAUCCGGUUCAUCCUGGGGGAGGAGGACGAUGGCCCCCCCCCACCCCAGCUCUUCACCGAGCUGGACGAACUACUGGCCGUGGACGGGCAGGAGAUGGAGUGGAAGGAGACGGCCAGAUGGAUCAAGUUCGAGGAGAAGGUGGAGGCGGGCGGGGAGCGCUGGAGUAAGCCACACGUGGCCACGCUGUCCCUGCACAGCUUGAUGGAGCUCAAAACGUGCAUCGAGAAGGGCUCCAUCCUGCUGGACCUGGAGGCCUCCACGCUGCCGCAGGUUGUCGAGCUGAUCACCAGCAGCCAGAUUGAGGCGGGUCAGCUGAAGGCGGAUCUGAAGGAGAAGGUCACGUACACGCUGCUGCGGAGGCAUCGCCACCAGACCAAGAAGUCCAACCUGCGCUCCCUCGCCGACAUCGGCAAGAGCGUGUCCAGUGCGAGCAGGCUGUUUAGCAACCAGGAGAAUGCACGCAACCCCGCCGAGCACGCCGUGCCUUGUUCACACCCCCUGCAGCCGGAGGACCCGUGUGAGGUCACUCGGAGCGCCAGCAUGGGAUACCUCUGUAGCCCCGGUACUUCCCACAGAAACCUCACCUCCAACAGCCUGAGCGACUUCUCCGACAAACCGGAGCGGGAUCAGCUGAAGAACAAGUUCAUGAAGAAACUGCCCCGCGACGCGGAGGCGUCCAACGUGCUGAUCGGCGAGGUGGACUUCCUGGAGACCCCGUUCGUGGCGUUUGUCCGCCUGCAGCAGGCCGUCAUGCUGGGCGCCCUGACCGAGGUCCCCGUGCCCACCAGAUUUCUCUUCGUCCUGCUGGGCCCAAAAGGUAAAGCCAAGUCCUAUCAUGAAAUCGGACGGGCCAUCGCCACCCUGAUGUCCGACGAGGUGUUCCACGACAUCGCCUACAAGGCAAAGGACAGGCAGGACCUGCUGGCCGGUAUCGAGGAGUUCCUGGACGAGGUCAUCGUGCUGCCCCCCGGCGAGUGGGACCCCAACAUCAGGAUAGAGCCCCCCAAGUCUCUGCCCUCCUCAGACAAGAGGAAGAACAUGUACGCCGGGCUGGAGGCCCCUCAGAUGAACGGCGACACCCCCCACGACGCGGGAAACGCAGGUGGAGGCGGAGGACACGCGGUCGGAGAGGAGCUGCAGCGCACUAGGAAGUUCUGUGGGGGCCUCGUCCUGGACGUCAAGAGGAAGCUGCCGUUCUUCGCCAGCGACUUCUACGACGCGCUGCACAUCCAGUCGCUGUCGGCCAUCUUGUUCAUCUACCUGGGCACCGUCACCAACGCCAUCACAUUCGGGGGGCUGCUGGGCGACGCUACGGAAAACAUGCAGGGCGUGCUGGAGAGCUUCCUGGGCACGGCGCUGACGGGGACGGUGUUCUGCCUGCUGGCCGGUCAGCCCCUGACCAUCCUCAGCAGCACGGGCCCGGUGCUCGUGUUUGAAAGGCUCCUCCACGGUUUCAGCAAGGACAACGAGCUGGACUACCUGGAGUUCCGCCUGUGGAUCGGCCUGUGGUCGGCCGUGUUCUGCCUGGUGCUGGUCGCCACGGACGCCAGCUUCCUGGUGCAGUACUUCACGCGGUUCACCGAGGAGGGCUUCUCGGCGCUCAUCAGCUUCAUCUUCAUCUACGACGCGUUCAAGAAGAUGAUCAAGCUCUCCCACCACAACCCCAUCCACACCGAGUACAACGCCGACCUGGUCACCCUCUACGACUGCGCCUGCGCGCCCGGCAACUCAUCGGAAACCUUCGACGUCUUCCCGUGGUCCAACGACACCGCCGUGGCGGAGAACUCCACCUGGACGUCCCUGACGAAGCACCAGUGUCUGCACUACGGGGGCCAGCUGGUCGGAGAGGCCUGCGGCUUCGUGCCUGACAUCACCCUGAUGUCCUUCAUCCUGUUCUUCGGGACCUACACCUGCUCCAUGACGCUGAAGAAGUUCAAGACGAGCCGCUUCUUCCCCACCACAGUGAGGAAGCUCAUCAGCGACUUUGCGAUCAUCUUGACCAUCCUGCUCUUCUGCGGCGUGGACGCCUUCGUCGGAGUGAACACCCCGAAGCUCAUCGUGCCAAGAGAAUUCAAGCCCACCAGUCCGCACCGGCGCUGGUUCAUCCCCCCGUUCGGAGGGAACCCUUGGUGGGUGUACCUGGCGGCCACCAUCCCGGCUCUGCUGGUCACCAUCCUGAUAUUCAUGGACCAGCAGAUCACCGCCGUCAUCGUCAACCGGAAGGAGCACAAACUCAAGAAAGGCGCGGGCUACCACCUGGAUCUGUUCCUGGUGGCCGUGCUGAUGGUGGUGUGCUCCUUCCUGGGCCUGCCGUGGUACGUGGCCGCCACCGUCAUCUCCAUCGCCCACAUCGACUCGCUGAAAAUGGAGACCAAGACGUCGGCCCCCGGGGAGAUGCCCAAGUUCCUGGGCGUCAGAGAGCAAAGGGUCACCGGCAUCUUCGUGUUCCUGCUGACGGGGCUCUCCGUCUUCAUGGCCCCCAUCCUCAAGUUCAUCCCCAUGCCGGUGCUCUACGGCGUGUUCCUCUACAUGGGCGUGGCGUCGCUCAACGGCGUGCAGUUCAUGGACCGGCUGCAGCUGCUCCUGAUGCCCGCCAAGCACCAGCCGGACCUGAUCUACCUGCGCCACGUGCCGCAGAGACGCAUCCACCUGUUCACCUUCAUCCAGGGCCUGUGCCUGGCCUUCCUCUGGAUCCUCAAGUCCACCGUGGCGGCCAUCGUCUUCCCCGUCAUGAUCCUGGCAUUGGUCGCCGUCCGCAAGGCGAUGGACUACGUGUUCUCCCAGCACGACCUCAGCUACCUGGACGACGUCAUCCCCGAGAAGGACAAGAAGAAGAAGGAGGACGAGAAGAAAAAGAAGAGCAAGAAGAAGGGAAGCAUAGACAGCGAGAUCGAGUUUUCCGACUACCCCUACAAUGAAAAUGUUCCCAGUAUAAAAAUCUCUAUGGAUUUGAUGGAGCAGGAGCCCAUGUUGGGCGCUAAAUCUGUGGAUAGAGAUCCAUCCGCGGCUUUCCUUAACCCGCAUUCGUCGUGCUGAGCGCUACUUUGAGUCCCCCACUGUGGCCGAGUGAUCUUGAGAAGGGUUCGUACACAAAAGGUCUGCCUCGGAUCCGAAUCGGCAGGAACUCUGAAGACCAGGCCUUCUUCUGGAGGAAGGGCUCCGAAAGCGAUCUGUGAAUGAAUGAAUUUUCCCUUCCCAGAUUCUAUUAUUUUUAUUAAUAUGUAAACCAUUAUUCCCCCGGUGUGAUUUCAAUCCGAGGGGCUGGAAGUAUUUGUCAUGAAUUUUGAACCCCGGGGAAAACGUUUUUACUUCUUCAUCCUCGAGGGCUCCUCAAGGUCACGAGACAAUGACAUCGGUUUGUCUUUUGUUUAUCCACUCGAGACGAAUCACCCCCCCCCCCCCCCCCUCACGUUGAGCAAAAAAAAAAAGGGCUCCAGAAGGUGACUUGUGCACAUGCAGCAUGAGCGGGACGUUAAUGUAGUAUUUGAUGGGCAUAUUGAUCCAGCUUAGGGCUGAAUGUUGAUCAAACACAUCCAAAAGAGGUCAUGUGAGAAUAACAGGUGGGUUUGGGCGGGUCGACCCCCAUACAGACUGGAACUUCUGCUUUUGUCUAGUUUCCCUUAUUUCCCCCCCCCCCCCCCCCCCACACACACACCUUUUUCUGUAUUUAUUAUAUUUAAACUCUGGGCAAGAUGAAUGUUCUGCUCGAAUCUAAAGUAUGGCUUUACC